GACUGCCGUACCAAGGAAGAAGAAGAAAGGUGUCCUUAACGGGAGGGUUUGAUUCGGCAGAGCUUCUGUCACUCAUAAGGAAGUCGGUGUUAGGUAGCGCUGUUCCGCCUUUUACAAACUGGCAGACGCAGACGCCGUAGCUGGCAGGCUUGAUGUUAGUUUGAUGCACACAUUGAAUGAAAUUCAGCAUAGCAGGCUGAGGCCACUAGCGACUAAAAAUAUCUGCACUUAGUAAAGUUGUCUUUCAGUGUACAGCAUAGGCACCUGUGGGAACUGUGUCGGCAGAGAUAAGUGUACGCAGUGGCAAAACAUAGGCUGAAGAGAUUGGUGUAAGGAGAGAGGGACCAGGCUGUGUAUAGCAAUGCAGCGGAUUACGGCGCACCUCGUCGCGGGGCUGGUGGCAGCGGUGCUGGCGCUGCUGGCAGAGCAGUGUUGGGCGGACGGCGGGGGCCCUAGCCUCACUGAGCGUGUUAUCUGGGCUGUAAAUGCCGGUGGUGAAGCACACGUAGACGUCCACGGUAUUCACUUUAAAAAGGAUCCAUUGGAAGGGAAAGUCGGUAAAGCAUCUGAUUAUGGGAUGCGUUUGCCAAUACUGCGCUCCAGUCCAGAAGACCAGGUUCUGUACCAGACAGAGCGAUACAAUGAGGACACUUUUGGAUAUGAUAUUCCCAUUCGUGAGGAAGGAGAUUAUAUACUAGUUAUGAAGUAUGCAGAAGUUUAUUUUGCCCAGUCACAGCAAAAGGUGUUUGAUGUCCGUCUAAAUGGCCAUGUGGUGGUGAAGGACCUGGAUAUCUUUGAGCGAGUGGGUCACAGUACUGCUCAUGAUGAGAUCGUGCCUUUCUCUAUUCGACGUGGCAAGCUGAGUGUGCGAGACGAGGUGUCUACUUUCAAUGGCAAACUCACUGUAGAGUUUGUAAAGGGUUAUUAUGAUAACCCCAAGAUCUGCGCUCUCUAUGUAAUGAAGGGGACAUUAGAAGAUGUACCAAAACUUCAGCCUCACCCUGGCUUGAAGCCUGAAGAAGAGGAGGAAGAAGAGGAAGAUACAGAAGGAGGCAAUGAAGAUGGGAAGAAAAAGGUCCCACCAGGUUCUAAGAACAAGGUCCAGUCAGGCCCCCGAACACCAAACCCUUAUGCGGCUGACAACAGCAGCCUCAUGUUUCCCAUUCUUGUGGCGUUUGGGGUGUUCAUCCCCACACUGUUCUGCCUCUGUCGGCUGUAAGCUGAAACUAGCGGCCAUGGGGACGUCAAGGGGACAAGACGGACAUGAGUCUAUGAAGAGAGCGAUACGGAGAGAAGAGGGCAGGGAGUCAAAGUCACAACAGCACCACAGGUAAAGUCAUACACAAAGGGAGAGAGCCGGAGGGUUGGAGAAAAUCCUGAUGACGGAGGACAAAAAGAGAAUCUUUUCAGAAAUCCACUGAGAGAUAAAGCAAACGCUGCUGUCGAACUGUAUCACUGAGAAAAGAGGAGACGAUGUAGGAAGUGUUUGCUGUGUGCUUCUUUGUGAAUGUGUUUCACAUCCACCUCUGCUGACCCUUUUGAACAAUGUUAGCCAUUUCCACUCAGAGACUGGGCAGGAUUUGCAGACGCCAGUCUUCACUCUUUGAAGCUACAUUUCAGCCGCUAAGGGAUGCUCAGGAGGGAUUGAUCUGGGGUGGCUUUUGUAAACUUGAAACAUUGUUUUGUACUGGGUGUGGCAGAGAAGCACAGUCCUGCCUCAGUAUCUGAUCAGACAGGUUACCUUUGAAUUGGAAGUGGUGCUGUGUAGAAAUAGGUUAAAUAGAAUAGAAAACAUGAACCAGACAAUUAGUGGAAAUACAGUUGCCAUGUGAUAGGUUUACGUUUUUAUCAACUUGUUGCAUUUUUGUUUGUCCACUCAGAUCUGGUUAGUCCGACGUCAACAUGCCAUCACCUGUUUGUCAUAAGAAAAGAAGGUCAGCUGGAACUGGGUGGAAUAUUUUCUGUUUGCUGUCUUGCCUUUCAGUAUAGGUUGGGUUUCACAAAUUUGUUAGUAGCAUGUAGUAGUGUAUAGAUGUGUUUGGCAUCACUACACCAAAAACUGAUUCGGGGCAAUAAAACGUGUCCUCAGCAGUGAUGAUAAUGAGUUGGAUUUGUUUUUAUGUUUUCUUUUUUUGGAUCCAAUUUAAAUGGCGGACAAACUGAGAAUGUUGAACCUUCAGCUUUGUAUUUACUAAAGGGGGCAUCUAAAGCUCAAAUGAGUCGAUCUUUACAUCACUGUGUUUUGUGUAAUCUUUGCCUUUUCUGUUCAUUACAUAUGUAUGUCUGCCUAUGUGUUUCACCAAAGAACCUUUUCUUUUUCUGUUAGAAGAGGAAACUUGGCCUGUUUAAUUUGACAAAUGGCUUGUUAAUUCAGCUGUGAUGCUUCUGUGGGGAAGAGACGAACUGGGCAUAGUAACAACUGAUUUAGUGGAGCGGAAUUUUCCACUUUUAUUGGGGGUGGAGUCAAAAAAGGUUGUCUUUGAUUCAAGACGGAACAGUCAUUGGCUAUGAACUUCAGUCCUCUGUUACCCAACACCAAGAGAACUGGGCAUUGCAGCUCAAUGUUGAUAUUAAAUCCCAAUAAUCUGUCAGCACACUAGUUUGAUACAAAGUUGCUGUGCAAGUACUACAAGUUGUUCCACCUGCAGGAAGAGAUGAGAAAGCACAACAUCAGAAUAAGUAGAAGAUCAACAUGUGUUUGGUUUUCUCUCCUUUUGACCUUGGCAGAUCUGUUGUCUUAAAGCAUCUUAGUGUGAACUUUCAGUGCAGUGAAGCUACUUGUUCUGGUCCUCGAACUGAUUAAACAAACAUGGCCACAUUAUUAGAGUCCACUUUGACUGUGUUAGCCUCAGCUUUUAGACAGUGGUAUCCUGUUUUUGCCUUCCAUGAUUCCUGAAAAGCAGCACAUGUUGGUCUUCAUUUUUAGUGGAGUUUGUUGUGAACCCUCCUGUUCAUGGAUCUAGUUACUUACCUUUAUGUGCGUAGUUUUACUCAGAAGACAGUUUGGAAACUUUGUUUCACUAAUUUGUCUUAAAAGUCCCCCAACCCCCUCUCACCGGUAUUGCUGUUGUCAUAUGCAGUACUUGGAGAAACGGUUAAUGAUUCAGAUAUUGCGGAUCCUUCUCCACUCCUUGAUUCUCCUUUUCCUUUUGACUGAUGAUGGACAAGAAGGUCCAGAAAAUACCCAGUCAGUUGUCAGUGGUUUUUGUUUUCUCCAAAUUUUUUUUUAAAUAUAUAUAAUGUUGUGCAGUUAACGCAUAUUUAAGACAGAAGCACCUUUUUCCCCCUCUGAAAAGAUGCAAGAAAAUCAUUUAAUUCAGCACCAAAGUCGCCAUGUUCUGUCCCUUUGAAAGUCUACACCGCUCUGUGUGUGUGUGUGUGUGUGUGUGUGU